AUGUCCUUUAACAAAUCAUCAAUCAAAACUGUUGACUGCAAAGGAAAGCGCGUUUUGAUGCGGUAAGCCUUACUUUUGUUUGAUGUCAGUUUAGUCCAAAUAGCAUUUUUGAAUUCACCUUAGAUAUAUCGGUCAUGUUUUAGCGUGUUUAUAAGUUUACGUGGGUAAUCUUACAGUUAUUAAGAAAAUGCCAUGUCUUGUUUCAGUGUUGACUUCAAUGUACCACUGAAGGGGAAAGAGAUCACAAACAACCAAAGGUAUCUUUUAAAAUAUUGCAGACGUGCGUUUAGUCGCGUACUUGUGUAAACAGUACCCCACCCACCUACCCGUCCCCAAUGGCACUGUCCUGUCCCCCAUGCCACCUCAAAUAGUGGGCCAAUAUUGGUUCUUGAUAAUGUGAGUGCGCAAAUAAUCCGCGUUUUUAUUUCAGUAUUAAGUAGUUAUUUCUCCAGGUGUAGGGAAAUUAUUUUCGUUUGUAACAAUUGUGUUUUUUGUUUGUUUAUAUGUUUUUAAAAAUUGCUGAAAUCUCAGUUCUCAAUAUUAAACCUUUCUGGUAUAGCGAAUGCAAAUGGUAUAUAGUGGACUAUAAAACAACGCACAAAUGCCCAAAUUAAUGGAGUGCAUCUUUUCUCUUCUUGCAAUUUAUUUCUAUAGGAUAGAAGUAAUUUGUUAUUGGAAAAUAAUUUCCAACAAGUGUUCCAAUUAGGUUUUUGUUUGUAGACCCCUUGUAGAGGUCAGAUAUUUAUAAGGCUGGUUCGACAUUUGUAAUAUUGGCAAGUGUAAAACAGAGGAUAAAUGAAUGAAAAAAGAUUACAACAAUCAUUCUGCCUAUUUUCUAUUUUUCUAAGGAUUGUAGCUGCCUUGCCGAGUGUCCGUCAUUGUUUGGAUAAUGGUGCUCAAAGUGUGGUGUUGAUGAGCCAUUUAGGAAGACCUGACGGCAAAGUAGUUGAGAAAUAUUCCCUGGCCCCUGUUGCUGAUGAGGUGAAGAAAUUAUUGCAAAGGUAAAAACCAAACAUUUUGACCCAAUUAUUUGUAUAUGUAGGGUCCCUUUAAUUUUUACUUUUUCUGCUCAUGAAUUAUGUAACAUUAAUUUUCUACAUUUUCAGGGAUGUGACCUUUCUUCCUGACUGUGUGGGUCCUGAAGUGGAAGAAGCAUGUAAAAACCCAAAGGCUGGUAUGAUACUUUUAACUUAGAAGAGGGUGGGGGCAAUUUUCAGAAACCCUUUGCCAUAAUAGUCAGGUUGAAAAAAGAAUAUUCUACUUGGUUUUCCUGUGGGUCAGUUAUUUCCAGUUGGUAUAUUGCUUUAUCUAAUGCUGAUAGCUGAAAGAAGUACAGCCCUGCUAUUAGAAUCCAAAGUUACUACAGCUUCUGGUUGACAGUUUAUGUGGGUGUUGCUUUAUACCUUCUGUCAUUAUCCAGGCAAGUGCCACUCUCUCAGUAAGGGUGGAGCCUUAACUCUGAUGGCAAUUGAAGGGUUGCAUUGAGUAAGUGACUCCAGGCUUUUGUAAUGCGAAAUUCUUUCUUUGAUUUACAAAGGUGUACAUGAAAAUUAGAAGGAGAAUUUAGUGGUUUAUGAGAAGCCCUUUGGGAAGACAUCCAGCCACUCCUUCAAUAUGCAUGCUAACAUAAUUUGCCAUUUACACUUUGCAUUAUUUAUAUUAAUUUUAUCAAGGCUCAGUGAUCUUGCUGGAAAACCUACGUUUCCACAUUGAAGAGGAAGGCAAAGGAGUCGAUAGUGAAGGAAACAAGGUGCUACAUAGUUUAUAGCAAUAACUUUGGUUAUAUUUAUAACAUUUUCUUGGUUGAUUACUUUGUUCAGGAUUUUUCACACUUUCUUCUUGAUACAGUCAGUGUGGGCACUGUGCUUUUGCCUCUUGUAGGCCAGUUAAUACUAUCAACUGAAGGUUCAUGACAAUUUACUUAGGGGGGAAAUUGGAUUAAAAUACAUGGUAGUAUUCCAUCUAGAUUUAAGUAAUGCACUCCCAGGUGCUUACUUUAACAGAAACCAUGUUGCGGGUGUAUUCAUCCACAGCUACCAAUAUCAGAACUUUCAAGUUUUUAUCAUAAAAUUGAUAAAAUAGCCAUUGGGAUUAGAUGCCUUGGAACUGAAGGAAAGUGCCAUUUGGCAUGGUGUAGUUUGACAGAUUAUUUACCAGUAAUAACAUGAGCUAGCAACAGUUUCUUGUUGUGUGACAGGUUAAGGCAAGCAAAGAGGAUGUGCAAAAAUUCCGCGAUUCAUUAGCAAAGUUAGGAGACAUUUAUGUUAAUGAUGCUUUUGGCACUGCUCAUCGAGCUCACAGGUAGAGAAACAAUGUUAUUAUUUCAUCUACCACUCUGUUAUUCCAGCAUGUUUGUGAUUGAUUCUGCUGUGUGUUGUAUAUGUAACCACUUGAACAAACAAAAGUGAAAUUGAUAUUUUUUUGCAAAAUUUGACUUUGCUUUACACAGAGAUGCAAGCUUUUAUAUUCCUUUGACUUUUUUUGUAUUAAUGUUUUUGUAGCUCUAUGGUGGGUGUUCAGCUGCCUCAGAGGGUUGCUGGAUUUUUGAUGGAGAAAGAGCUGGUCUACUUCUCCAAGGCAAUGGAGAAACCUGACAGACCGUAUCUGGCCAUCUUAGGAGGGUGAGUGUAAAAUGGCAUUGAAUAUAAUUACCUCCUCAACUCAAAUUCCUUGCCAGUAUCAACAAAAUUCACUUUGCUACAACUUUAUUCAUUAUGGUUAUCACUUAUUUUUGAGCCCAUUUUUUUUACUUCAUAUUUCAUAUUUACAAUUUUUGGCCAAAAUAAUGGACUCUACAGCACGGCCUUACUCUGUCCCACAAAAAAUGUAUGAAUAUCAUAAUAUUAAACCUUCAUUAAAAAUAGUAUUUUAUAAAGCUCCACUUUCACCUUUUGCUUUUUACUCUAGUGCCAAAGUAGCUGAUAAAAUUUUACUUAUUGAGAAUUUACUGGAUAAAGUGAAUGACAUGAUCAUUGGUGGUGGAAUGGCUUACACAUUUGUCAAAGUUCUUCAUAACAUGGAGGUGAGUUGCAGUUUUGAGUUUUAACUUUAGAAAGGUCUGCAAAGAUGCAAUCGUAGAGAAGAAUAUCAUGGCUCUUAAUCGCCCAUGCUUAGAUUAGUAAAGUUCUUAUUUGAUAAUCUUCUCCUUGCUAAUGAAAUUUAAGGUAAAAUUUAAGAUCGUCCAAAAAGCAUUGUAAAAAGCCUAGUUUUAGCCUGAUGCUAAGUUUACACUAAACGCAAAGGUCCCAUUUGGUAAUUUGUAACAGUGAUCAUAUGACUGACAAAAUUCAGGCCAAUGGUGCAGUAAUCCUCCUCCCCUUCUCUUUUCAGUGUUCGGUUUCAUGGGAAUUUAAAGCUACGUAGGGCAACACAGAAAGAAAAGAAUCAAACGUGGAACCUCUUACGCAGAAGGCUGUGCGCUAACCUCUGCAAUGAUGGAUUCCAAUGAAGCACUGACUUUCAGUUAUAAUCAUUUCAAACAACUUCUUUCAUUGUUGUUAUUUGUGCUUGUGGUUUCCACCCAUUUAUAGUGUCUGUAGUUGAUUUACCAGUACAAACAAGCUAGCUGCAAUAAUUUCUUUUUCAGAUUGGAAAGUCACUGUUUGAUGAAGAAGGAUCAAAAAUAAUCCAGAAGAUUUGUGAUAAAGCCAAAGAAAAGGGAGUGAAUCUCCAUCUACCAACAGAUUUUGUCGCUGCUAGUAAAUUUGCUGAGGAUGCUGAGGUGAAAGUUUAGUUUGGUUUUUAUAGCAUAGUGUUUAUGCUUGAAAUAGCCGAGGACGCUGCAGGAAACCAUUUUUUCUUGAUUUGUGUUUCUCUAAUCAGACAAUAGUGCUUAAUGUUUGUUGAUUAUUUUACAGACUAAGCCAGCUAAUCUUGAAACUGGAAUUCCUGCGGACUGGAUGGUAAUUAGAAACAUUUGUGUAGUUUGUUGUUUUCAUCUGGUAUCUACUUGUACAUUUACAGUUUAUGUAAUCUGUUUCUUGUAUGUUUGUAGUGGGUAACAUUUUAGCUUUGAGAACGCUUUUUGUGAUAGUCUAUUUGUACUUUUAUUUGGUCAUAACUUUGCUGUUUGCUAUUCUAUGCAAGUAUUACUGACUGAGUUUCGAGUGAGUUAGUGAGUGAAAAUAGUCCAAUAUGCCUUUUUUUUUCCUGAAUAAGUCUAAGUACAUGUAAUGAUCACUAUUUCUGUGAAUAAUUCUCUAUAGGGACUGGAUAUUGGGCCUGAAAGUGUCAAGAAAUUCAAGGAAGUGGUGAUGCAAGCUAAAACUAUUGUUUGGAAUGGGUAAGGCUGAGUUUUUUUCUAUUCAAUCUAGAUAACUAAGAGAGGAAAAAACUUCAACUUUUACAGAGGUCAUGUACUAAAAUUUGUGUGUGUAUGUAUAUUGCAGUCCAAUGGGUGUGUUUGAAAUGGCUAAAUUUGAAGUAGGAACCAAAGGUAUUAUGGAUGCAGUUGUGGCAGCAACAAAAGCUGGUGCCUCGUCUAUUAUAGGUACGUUAACAUUCAGAGGCCUGUCUCUUGCAAUUCCUAAUGGUUUAACAGUGGCCCAUAAAGCUGUUGUUAUAUUCAAGACACAUGUUUCAACAGUUUUGCAAAUAUUAUGAUAAAAAUGUCAUUUACUUCCUAUUAUUCACCCUCUUACCCCAAGUUACAGCAAGAAUAAACCAAACCCUGAAAAUUGGCAUGGGUGUUCUUGUGUGUGGUGGCUACGCUGGGCAGUGUUUUCUUGGAUAAGUGUACUGAGUGAAUGAGCAAUUGAAUAGAUCAAAACACUGUUUUUGAAAACUGAAAAUAAGAUAGUGGGUUGUGUUAUUAGGAUGUGUCUGUUUCUUUCUCCUAUUUCUUUUACUUAUACCACAACCACUGUACAUUAAUUCAGUGGUUACUGAACAUUCUUGUUAGGUGGAGGUGAUACUGCAACAUGCUGUGCUAAGUAUGGUACAGAAGAACUGGUCAGUCAUGUCAGUACUGGGGGAGGUGCUUCCCUUGAGCUCUUGGAAGGUAAAUAAGAUUUUCUUGAUCUAGAGGAAUAUUAAGAAACUAAAUUUUGCAUUUUUUUAUGUCAGUCCAGAGUUGAAAAAGAAUGCAAGUCAAUGCAAAACUUACAUUCACACAAAGUAAAUAAAACAAUUUUCAUAGCAGCCCUUGGUGUGGGCUCUACUCUUUCUUGCUGGCCUGAGCUUGAGUAAUCUGAGUGCAGCUGGUCAUCGCAAGCCCUGGCUAAACAGCGACUGUUACAGGCUGGAAAAAUGUCAGACUCAGUAUGUAUGCGUAGCAUUUAUGCAUUUGUCAUACCACAGGAUCUCCAUUGUCUGUUUGAAAUGAGGAUUGUGAGGCUUAGCACACAUGGUAAUCUUCUGUGGCCAUGUGAAUUCCACAAAAUAAAACACAUAAGAUCAUAAAACAAUAUUGCUACUCCUGCUAGUAACCUUGUUUUCCAUGCUGUGAAUGUAACUGCUGCUUGCCUGUAUAAUUUAGUUUAUAAAGUUUAUAAACCAUCAUUUAAUGAUGGUUUGUCCAUCUUAAAGUGUCUGCAGCACCUAGUGUAUGCUGGAAAUAAUAUGAUAAACUAUAUGUAAAUAAUAAUUAUUUAUAAUUUAUAUGUAAAUAAUAAUUUUAUUGUUUACAUAUUAUAGUAAUACUUCAUUCCAUUCCUUGGGAUCAAAGCUGAAGAAUAAUGUGUUUUGUUUUAUUUGCAGGUAAGACUCUCCCAGGAGUGGCUGCUCUGUCGGACGCAUGA